AUGAAGCCUGCAGACUCUACGCUCAAUUUUCCCUGGGGCAGCCUACCUGUGGAACAGGACAUCCUUACGAACUGGGAUUCCUACUCAAGUGAGAGCAUAGGACAGCAACGCCUCCGGCUCAUCAGACAGCAUCUAGAGUCGGACACGAUUCCCCUCGAACGGUAUUUCCCAGACGCCCAAAGACGAGCUCCGCAAAUAGCUGUUCACAUCAUUCUCAGACCAUGGCGAUCUGAGAAAAUACGCAAAGCAGCUAUUCAACACUUGCAUGGUAAUUAUGAGAUCCCUCUGAUGCUUCGGACUCAUUACAGCAAAGACGCAGGUGAACUGGAGAUGGACAACACUAAGCUAGCAGACUGGGUUGACUAUGACGAAGGGUUCUCAGCUGAAGCCUACUGGGCGUGUCUAGAUGACCCAGAGGUUUUUAAUUUUGGAGAGCAAUGGCAGAAAAUCUUCGAGAUCAUUCCUGAGCUCACAGAUGGUGAUUUUUCAGCGCCUGGGCUGCCCGGGCAUCGACUAAAUUUCCCACCUAGCGAUUCCGAGAUCUACGAUAUGGCAUAUUGGCGCGAUACAUUCAAAUAUUAUCUUCGCGAUGACAAGGAAAAAUUUCCUUGGGAAUGGCACAAAGACCCCCACUUGACGAUCCACAGAGCAGCGCGUGUUCUAUACCGCAGAUGGUGCACCAGACAUCUUAUCGUUGUUGACAAGAAGGCUUUUGCCACAGGACAUGGCCGUCUGAUUUAUCUUGACUCGAGACGGAACAUCAUACGGGAGACACGUUUUGACUUGAACGAGAAGCAUUCUAUGAGUGAUAUCAUCACAGAUUGGCUCGAUGUCUAUGGUUUCCCAUUGAUGUGGGAAGAUAGUGGGGUUGGGGAGAAAUAUCGGGUUGAUGGGGAAUUUGGGCAAGCUCUGUACCAACUGACCGAGGAGGACUGGGCUGAUCCGGAGUUAGAGCCACUGGCGGCUGCACUCGAGUCAUUCUCGAUUCAUUGA